GGAUGAAUGGAAGGAUAUUUCUACCGUUGUCUGGAGAGUGAACAGUGUUCGUUGACACUAACCUUUAAAGUGCCAUCGUUCUAGUGCAAUAGUUAUGUCAAGUUACAUACGAAAGAACCUUAAUUUUGUGUAUUUUUUUAUUAAAUAUCUGAUCUGAUGUAAAAGCCCCCAUUUUGAACGUAUGGCAAAUGAUUCUCAGUGAAUUGAUGGUGUGUCUCAAGUGAAUUAUCAAUUUCAGGUUUCUUAACCAAUCUCAGAAAUAAUGCCUCUUAAGCAUUCUAUGUUGCUGUGCAUCAAAAAUGCAUUCAAGACCAAAACAUUGUUUCCAGUGUCUAAACUUGUCAAGGAUCAAAUUCGAGAAUAUUCCUCAAAUAGAUUUGUGCACACAACUCAACAGUCUUCAUUAACUGCUGCGUUCAACACUAAACCUCGUCAGAAACUUUCUUUUAACUUGAGGAAGGAAGAUGCUGGUCUUUUUGGUAUUCCUGAGUUAAGAAAUCACAAUGGGUUUUAUCUUCUGAAAGAGAAUGUGGAAAAUUCUAUCAAUGAAUUAGUCAAUGAAGCACUCAGUCCAAACCGUAAACGAAAAAUGGUUGAAAUUUUUGACAGUCUUUCAGAUUCUUUAUGUCGUGUUGCUGAUAUGUCCGAAUUUAUUCGACUUGCACACCCAAAUGAAGCCUAUACAAAAAGUGCUGAAGACUGCUGCAUUGCUUUGUCAGGACUUGUUGAAUGUUUGAAUACUAAUGUGGAGCUAUACCAGGCACUGAAGAAUGUUCUGGAAACUGGUGAUAUUAUUCCUAUAGAUAGUGUUGAUGAGAGAGUUGGAAAGCUCUUCUUGUUUGAUUUUGAACAAAGUGGGAUUCAUUUAGAUGAAGUGAAGAGAAAACAUUUUGUGCAAUUGAAUGAAAGUAUUUUGAUGUUGGGAACGUAUUUCUCUCAGGGUUGUCAGAAGCCUUCCUCCAUUUUAAAAAGUCAGUUGCCAGAGAAACUUCAAAAUUGCUUUAGUCUAAGUGGAGACAAUGUGACGGUAGGAGGACUCUUUUCUGAUCACUAUAGUGAUUUGGUCCGAGAAGCUGCCUACAAAAUCUUUUUACAAAACAACAAACACCAAAAUGAACUGCUGGAUGCAUUAAUAAAUGCUCGAUAUGCAUUAGCUCAGCUCGUUGGAUUCCCAACAUAUGCUCACCGUUCACUAAGAGGAACCUUAGCAGACAAUCCUGUUAAUGUUAUGAACUUUCUGGAAACUCUUGCCAAAGAAGUUUCGAAAAAAGCUGAUGAAGAUUACAGUGCUAUAUUAAAGUUGAAAAUGCAAUACUCGUCUAAUCCUCAGUCAUGUACUGUGAAACCCUGGGACCCACCUUAUUAUACAGCACUUAGUAGACAAGAAAGGUGUAAUGUAAACAACACUGAACUCUUUGCUUACUUCUCACUGGGAUGCUGUAUGGAAGGACUUAAUAAUUUAUUCAAAUGUUUAUAUGAUGUCCAUCUUCAGCCUGUGGAAGUGGAGCAUGGGGAGGUAUGGUCAUAUGAUGUCUGUAAAUUGGCCGUAGUUCAUGGAACAGAAGGAGUGUUAGGGUAUAUUUACUGUGAUUUUUAUGAAAGGAUUGGAAAGCCAAUUCAGGACUGUCACUUUACUAUCCAAGGUGGUCGUUUAAAAGAAGACGGGACAUACCAGCUGCCGAUAGUUGUUUUGCAGUUGAAUUUCCCUCCACCUCAAGCAAGUGUUCCAUCUCUGUUGAGUCCUGGUAUGAUGGAGAAUUUAUUCCAUGAAUUUGGUCAUGCUAUGCAUUCAAUGCUUGGCCGUACAAAAUACCAACAUGUCACUGGAACACGAUGUUCUACGGAUUUUGCUGAAGUUCCAUCAGUACUUAUGGAAUAUUUUGCAUCUGAUCCCAGGGUUUUAUCAACAUUUGCCAGACAUUAUAAGACAGGUGAACCACUGAAAAUGGAAAUUAUUCACAAUCUUUGUGCUGCUAAAAAGUUGUUUGCUGCUUCUGAUCUUCAACUGCAAGUUUUCUACUCAAUCCUUGACCAAGUAUACCAUGGGAAACUGCCAGCAGAAACAUCAACAAUUGAGAUUUUGGGGGCUAUUCAGAAUAAAUAUUAUGGAAUUGCUCAUGUUCCAGGAACUGCUUGGCAGUUGCGUUUUGUCCAUUUAGUUGGUUAUGGGGCUCGUUAUUAUUCUUAUUUGUUAUCUCGUGCUGUUGCUUCUCGAAUUUGGGAGAAAUGUUUCAAAGAAGAUCCUUUUAGCCAAACCAUGGGUGAGCGUUAUCGACGGGAAUUGUUGUCUCAUGGUGGGGGAAGGCCACCACAGGAACUCAUUGAAGGUUUAUUAGGAGAGCAACCCACCAUGGACAAAUUAGUAAGUUCACUGAUUAAUGAACUGGAACAAGAACUGUGAGAAAGGACAUGACCUUUCUUAGACAUCAAUAGAUGUGAUAUAUAUAUAUAUUUUUUAUGUCUUAAACCGAAAUAAAAUACAAAAUCUUUUCCACUUAUAAA